GUGUAGCUGCAUCCUCUCUCUGCUCACCUCUCGCUGCUGCAGCGGACCGGGCUGCAGACAGGGAGCCGGUCGUCCGCGGAUCAUCGAUCAGCCAACAGGAUUUCUUAAAUCUGUCACGAACCUGUGCGCUAAAGAGACCAGAUUGACUAGGACAAUUUAUUGAUCUUUCAAACAAUGCAAUAUCGGCGACUGAAGUCCAUGGGAAAUCUGCAAAGUUGCUAGGAGCAUGGUGUUUCGCACUUGUCUGACAUUUUUUAUUUUACUUUAAAUAUUGUUAUCCACAAUCUCCCGGUUCCUUGCCAUCGCCGCCGCUGCCUCCAGGUAAGGGAUGGAUCUCUUUUUGUUCCGUCACCCGGCAGUACUCUCCCACCGGGACCGAAUGUGAGGACCAGUGCUCGUGAGGAUCCAGACGCGCUUGUUCUCUGUCCGCGUUACCUCUCGGCUAGAAGUACCUCUUAUAAAGCCGGUGAUAAAUGUUGCAGCAGACAUGAGUUUUGGAAACAGAUUUCUCCUCGCUUCACUCUUUCUUGGAAUUGUCCUCACUCGCUUCAGCCGUUGCAACCAAGUUGUGCUGCUGGAUACGACGUCUGUUCUUGGAGAGCUGGGAUGGAAGACGUAUCCUAUCAACGGGUGGGAUGCCAUCACAGAGAUGGACGAGCAGAAUCGGCCGAUCCAUACUUUCCAGGUGUGCAAUGUGAUGGAGCCCAACCAGAACAACUGGCUGCGCUCCAACUGGAUUUCUCGACAGGCCGCCCAAAAGAUCUACGUGGAGCUUCGCUUCACCCUGAGGGACUGCAACUCCAUCCCUUGGGUGUCUGGCACCUGCAAGGAGACUUUCAACCUCUUCUACCAUGAGACUGACGAGGCUCACGUUGUCAAAUUCAAGCCCCAACAGUACACAAAGAUCGACACCAUUGCUGCUGAUGAGAGCUUCACUCAAAUGGACCUCGGAGAUCGCAUUCUCAAGCUGAACACUGAGGUGCGUGAGGUGGGACCCAUGACCAAGAAGGGCUUCUACCUGGCAUUUCAGGACAUUGGUGCCUGCAUUGCCUUGGUUUCAGUGAGGAUUUAUUAUAAGAAAUGUCCGUUCACGCUAAGAAACCUGGCCUCAUUCCCGGACACAGUGCCUCGUGUGGACUCUUCCUCUUUGGUUGAGGUGAGGGGGGCUUGUAUUGAACAUGCUGAAGAAAGAGACACACCCAAACUGUUCUGUGGAGCUGAUGGAGACUGGCUGGUGCCCCUGGGAAGAUGUGUCUGCAGUGUUGCCUACGAGGAGUUUGAUGGCUCUUGUUCUGCAUGCCAACCAGGCUUCUUCAAGGCAUAUGCUGGAAACACCAACUGUUCAAAGUGCCCUCCGCAUUGUUUCAGCUAUGGAGAAGGGGCUGCUAUCUGCCGCUGUGAGACGGGCUUCUUCAGGGCGGAGAGAGAUCCUCCAUCCAUGGCUUGUACACGCCCUCCAUCUCCUCCCCGCAACCUGCUGUUUAACCUCAAUGACACCUCUCUGAUACUGGAGUGGUCCCCCCCCAGCGACACCGGGGGUCGCCGGGAUCUCACCUACAACGUCCAGUGCAAACGCUGUGGCCCCGAGCCAGAUCAGUGCCAGUUCUGUGAAGAGGAGCUUCGCUACCUACCACGUCAGUUAGGUCUGACCAAUGCCACGGUCACUGUCAUGGACUUCUCAGCACACGCCAAUUACACCUUUGAGAUCCAGUCCCUCAACGGUGUGUCAGAGAUGAGCUCCUUCCCUCACCCGGUCGCCAUCAUCACAGUCAGCACAGAUCAGGGUGGUCCGUCUCUUGUUGGGACUCUGAAGAAGGACUGGGCCUCUCCGAACAGCAUUGCUCUCUCGUGGCAGCAGCCGGAACAAACACCGCAGGGCAUCCUCGACUACGAGAUCAAAUAUUAUCAGAAGGAACAUGAGCAGUUGAGCUAUUCCUCAACACGCACCAAGGCUCCCAGUGUGAUCAUCUCAGGUUUAAAACCAGCCACAUGGUACGUCUUCAGUGUUCGCACCCGCACGCCCGCUGGAUACAGCUCCUACACCCCUAAAUAUGAAUACAAAACUACAGGAGACUCAUCAGACAUUGCUUCGGACCAAGGCCAGGUGUUGGUCAUCGUCACAGCAGCAGUCGGCGGCUUCACCCUCCUCGUCAUCCUCACCCUCUUUUUCCUGAUCACUGGAAGGUGUCAGUGGUACUUUAAGGCCAAGAUGACUUCAGAGGAGAAAAGGACCAAUUAUCAGAAUGGACAUGUCCCGUUCCCUGGAAUAAAGACCUAUGUGGACCCUGACACGUAUGAGGACCCCACGCAGGCCGUCCACGAGUUCACCAAGGAGAUUGACCCCUCCAGGAUCCGCAUCGAGAGGGUGAUCGGAGCCGGUGAGUUUGGCGAGGUGUGCAGCGGGCGCCUCAGAACCCCAGGGAAAAAGGAGAUCGCCGUGGCGAUAAAGACCCUGAAGGGCGGCUAUGUGGAACGUCAGAGGCGGGACUUCCUGCGUGAGGCGUCAAUCAUGGGCCAGUUUGACCACCCCAACAUCAUCAGGCUGGAGGGGGUGGUCACCAAAAGCAGGCCUGUGAUGAUUGUGGUGGAGUAUGUGGAAAAUGGAUCACUGGACUCGUUUCUGAGGCAACACGACGGUCACUUCACUGUCAUCCAGCUGGUGGGCAUGCUGCGUGGCAUCGCCUCGGGCAUGAAGUAUCUGUCAGACAUGGGCUACGUUCACCGAGACCUGGCAGCUCGAAACAUCCUGGUCAACAGCAACCUGGUGUGUAAAGUGUCAGACUUCGGCCUGAGUCGAGUUCUGGAGGACGACCCGGAGGCUGCUUACACCACCACGGGUGGUAAGAUCCCCAUCCGGUGGACAGCUCCCGAGGCCAUCUCAUACAGGAAGUUCUCCUCAGCAAGCGACGCGUGGAGUUAUGGCAUUGUCAUGUGGGAAGUGAUGUCAUACGGGGAGCGGCCAUACUGGGAGAUGUCCAAUCAGGAUGUGAUCCUGUCCAUUGAAGAGGGCUACAGGCUGCCGGCUCCGAUGGGCUGCCCCGUGGCUCUGCACCAGCUCAUGCUGCACUGCUGGCAGAAGGAGAGGAGUCAUCGGCCCAAAUGUACCGAUGUUGUUUCCUUCUUGGACAAACUGAUCCGUAACCCCAGCAGCCUACUGUCACUGGUAGAGGACAUUCAGAGUCUACCAGAGUCUCCGGGGGAGGAAAUGGACUACCCAAUGUUCAUCUCCAUCGGCGACUGGCUGGACUCCAUUAAGAUGAGUCAGUACAAGAGCAAUUUCAUGGCAGCUGGCUACAACACAUUGGAUUCUGUGGCAAGGAUGAGUAUUGAAGAUGUGAGGCGUAUAGGGGUGGAGCUGAUCGGCCACCAGAGGCGGAUCAGCAGCAGCAUACAGACCCUCCGCCUUCAGAUACUGCACGAACAGGAGAAGGGUUUCCAUGUAUGAGGACACCCUAUAUCACAGCCUGGGAUGAACAGAUAGACGGAGCAGAGGGAAGUGAAGUGUAGACCGCCGGACAGACAGUCUGCAGCCUGUGCCUGAGUCUUAAGGCCUCGUACAGGAGGUCAUUGGACAGACUCAACAGCAGACGGCCCCCCGGUCUCGCUCACAUCCAGUAGUUACAGACUUUUUCCUACUAUACACCCCUCCCUCAGUAUUCCUGGCUUUAAAGACUGGCCCAGGCCCUCACUUAGGGGAAUGUAAUGCCUUGUUGCAGCAGCAGUACUUUGUGUGUGGAGCAACAAUAUCUAGAAAUGUAGAUUUGCAAACGUAAUCUACUGAAUCUUUUCUGACUUUUUUUCUUUUUUGCUCGGAGUUAUGUGCUCAUGUAGUUGCUAUCGGGUGUGCAAUCUAAGAGUUUAUAGAAAUAAUAUAUCCUUAAUAUCUUUUAUGUUGGAGUUUGGAUAAUUUUGUCAUAAAAUUAUUAUGUGCAAUUAAUUUAGUUUACCCUCUCUCCAGAGAAUCUGGUACGCUAAUACUUGAAGAAAGAAGUAGGAAGCAAGUGACGGCGAUUUCAUGAAUGUUUAAAAAAGUGUAUAGACAAUUAAUCGAUAAUUAUUAUAAUAACCUAAUAUCUAUAUAUGUGCAGUACUGUAUGUGAAAGCCCUAGUAAAUCUGGAUCUUAUUUAAGAUGUUUUUAAUUAAGAUGUUUAAUUUUAGAUUUGUAUCCAAAUCAGCAAUACAGUAUUAUGCAGUCACCUCAGUAUCUCAGAAAGAUGAAGAAUUGUGCAAUGAGAGAACUCUUGUUGACAUGUAAACAUGAGGCUCACUCCUCAUCCUCCGCCUGAUUUUAUUCUCACAUGCUCAGCUUGCAGAACUGGAUCUGUUGCCUUCAGAUGAAUAACCAUACAAGUCUAUUCUGACCAUUUUUAGCUACCAGUCUACUGACAGCUGUGCGAUAAGCCUGAUUUAUUUUGGAUUGUGAAUGUUAUACAUUGCCUGAAAGUACACAAACUCCACUGUCUUAACAUAUGAAUGUCACAGAACUUAGAUAUAGAUAGGAGAGUUUUGAAAGUGUCGGGAAGCUCAACGUGGACUUAGAUGGUUUUUCAGAAUUUGCCGAAAUGCUUUCAUAUACAUUCAAUGGUUUUUUUCCUGCGCACACACACUGAUUGAUUAAUUCUCCUCCAGCCUUUUAUUACUUUGUGGCCAUGUAAAGGUUGUGGCAGUAUGGGAAAUUAGUGUACAUAGACGUGAAAUGAAAACCGUUGGAUUUGCAGUAGAUGAUGUCAAGUUCUCCGAUGUUUGCCAUUAAAAUUAAAAAAAAUUCUUCAUUCGCUAAGUCAGUGGUGAGUAGGCAGUGCUGCAGAAUAGAAGUAGUUAGUAGAGUGGGAAGCAGCAGGAGUAUAGAUAAAGCCUGGAGAUUUAGAUUUGUGAGAUCAGAGCUGUCCAGCAGGGAAAAGUGAAUGACUUUUAGGACAGCAGAGGGAGAAUGAACACAAACAGCAGCAUCAUAACUCAUCAUGUGUCAUUCAGCAGUAACAAACACAUGCAUGCAUGCACACACACACACACACACACACACACACACACACAAAACACACCCACACCCACAUGAAAAGAAUGCCUUACAGUCUGAUAACCAUGCAAGAUAGAAACACUUUAAAGUGGUUAAUAAGGACCCAGGACCUAGCCAUUACUUUGAGUAUUUUUCCAUAUUUAAGAGAGCUCUGUUUUAUUCUUACAAAGGAGGGAUUGUUGAAUAAUGUCAAAGGCCAACUGGAUCCAGAGAUCAGUCACAGCGUAGUAAUGCAUCCAGGCCAGCAGAAGUAGGAAAGGCACACAUCCAAACACACACAUAUUUGCACACACACAUGCUCCGGUCACCACCCCUCUACAGAAUAAGGAGAAUAUCAGAUGCUGUUUGUUUAGCAUGUUCUACUGCUGAGCAAUGUUAGAACGUUCUUUUGUACAAAGUACAAGUAUACUUAUAAUUAUUGUAUUUUAUUUUUCUAUAAUUUCCAAAGAGAUGUUGUAGAUCUUGCACACUGUAAGAAGCAGUUACUGCGAAUAUUUAUUUGCAAAUAAAGAUGAACAGUUCUGGUGGU